AUGCGGUCGACCACUUUGUUUUGUAAAACCCCAUCCACUUGGAGAUUCCUCAUUGGAUAUACACGUAUGGGUUUAUUUCCCAAUCCAAAAAGGAACCAAAUGUCAAUGGUGAACAAUCAAGGGUUAGGGCUUGUAAGACGUACGAGUUCAUUUGGUAGAAAAAGAAUCUUGAUUUUGAAUCAUAUGGAUUUUGAUUCAAUUGAAGUUGCUACACCCAAAAAGAAGCAGUUUUUGGGAAGUGAAUCUCUCUUUUGGUGUGAAAGAUCGUUGCUUGAAGCUCUGCCUCAAGAAAUCUUGAUAAAGAUAUUGUGUGGGGUGGAUCAUGAUGAUUUGAAGAGGCUUUUCCACGUAUCAAAACCGAUCCGAGAAGCUGCUGUGAUUGCAAAAAAAUUGCAUUUUGAAUAUAGUACACCUAAAAAGAUCCCAGCUUUUAGGUGUUCAUUGAAUCUAGAGGAAUUCCCAUCAAGAGAUUUUGACGAAAUUGAAGCUCCAAAUGCUCCAAAACAAUCUAGGGUUUCUCGUUCUCGUCCGACGAAAAAAAACCUGGCUGCUAUUACUGUGUCCUUGUUUGCUUCGAAUCCAUCAGACGAACAGCAAGGACACAGAUAGCAGCCAACUGAUAACUUAUUUAUGCUGAUAGUAUCAUAAAAAACGACAAUGGUGCAUCGAGAUCCUUCGGUUUUGACAAUGAUGUGUUUCGGGUUUUUUGUAGAUAGGUUUUGGGUAUACAUUUGUUUGUAGUGUGUUAUAUGUGCUAUUAUGGAUUGUACGUUGGUCCUUCAAUAUUUUAUUGAAGAUGAGUGAGUGAUUUAGGGGUUUGUACAUUUAGUGUAAAAAGAGUUAGGAAUAUACAACCAAUGGUUUUGUUGGGGGGUUCUUUCUUGAUUUAAUAAAAAGGUUUGGUGGUGGUGC